AACAAAGGAAAAAAUAAACACGCCCCAUCACAGUGUUUUUCCAUAAUUUUUUUGUUGAGUAAAGGCAAUAGCUUCCUAUUGAUCCAACUUCUGCAUCAUUUUCCACCUCUAGAGUUAAUUGAAUUAGAGUUGGGGUUAUGCUAUGCUGCUUCUAUGCCCAUUUUCUUGGAAGUUCAUCUGAAGCUGUGAGAAUCUAGGAGAUGUAAGGUUUGGCAUCAUAGAAAGGAAAUAAUCAAAAUAGUGUGGGAGCAAUUAAGGGACAUGGAUUGGGAUUGGAAAGAGUUUGCUUGGGAUCCAUCUGGGUUGGAGCUAGCUAAUGGUGGCUUGGAAGGGGAGAAGAAUGAAGCAGCUUCAGUGGAUUUGAGGCUUGGUGAGGCUUCUGAUUCUGUGGAAAAAUCAGCUAUAGAUACUCCUAAGGAACCAAAAGACUCAAAAACUGUGUCAUCACCUUCUGGGUCAUCAAAAAGAUCCCGUCUUUAUAAUGGAUCACAGAAUAUGUCUUGCUCAGUUGAUGGAUGCAACUCUGACCUCAGUGAUUGCAGAGAGUAUCAUAGGCGACAUAGGGUCUGUGAAAAGCACUCCAAAACCCCUGUUGUGUUGGUAGCGGGCAAGCAGCAGAGGUUCUGCCAGCAAUGCAGCAGGUUUCAUUCACUUGCGGAAUUUGAUGAAGUCAAGAGGAGUUGCAGGAAACGUCUUGAUGGGCAUAAUAGGCGUAGGAGGAAACCUCAGCCACCUUCUCUUUUCAUGGCUGCUGAGAAAUUCAUGUACAAUUACAAAGGACCUAGAAUCCUGCAAUUUGAUAGCCCUCAGGCAUAUGCAAACCCCAUUAUGAGAAAUAUGUGGCCUGCCACUACCAAAACUGGAGCUGAAUCCAGUUAUGAUCAUCACCGACUUUUAUAUAGAAUUGACAAGCAUUGGCAGGAUAAGGGACUUCCUCUUUGGCAAGAAAAUGGCCCUAAAAUAAGCAAUGGUAAUGAAGCAAUGCCUGGAGCUCCCAUUUGUGGUGCCAUUGCCUCAUCAGCAGCUGGAAAGAGAAGCAGGAAACUGUCUUCUGAUGGCAAACCUGGAUCUUUUGACUCAGGCUGUGCUCUCUAUCUUCUGUCAACACUUAAAACACAAAGUUCAGAGUUGAGUUUGGUGCAAUCCAGCAUCACCUGUCCAAUACAAUCUCCAUCAGGAGCUGUGAGUUUUGAUGCUGCGGACGAGUUCUCAUGCUCAGAAAGUGCAAAAGAUAAUAAGCCUAAUGGUCCAGUAUUUGUUCUUGAUGCAAACACUACCAACCUUCAUUGCAAUGGAAUGCUGCAAAUGGUGCCUGAUGGAUUGAUGGAAAAUGGGGACUCCCUGACCCUUCCCUUUUUCUGGGAGUAGGUAGCUGAGUGGUUAUGACUUAUGUCUUUGUUGGGAAUUUUAUGGAGUUGUUGGUAUUCAAAAACUUAACUGUGUGUACUGCUAUAAUAAAUCUAGACUUGUUAAAGCUUUCAGUAAGGGUCCUUUGUUCCAAUCAAUUGAAAUUGUAGUGGCACAAUUGAUUUUGCUGCGGAGGAUGAGAUGGAUUGUCUGC